UGUACCCACUUGGCAUGUGCCAGCUCUGGUGUCACUGAUUGACAAAUGCACAAACACUCACUUGAAAGGUCUGUGUGGCAAGUGGCUGGCAUUGGACAUUCUACCUGAGGCUGAGACACACGAGUGACCAGUACCAUGGCAUCUUCUCAACCCUGGUGGCGCUUUCUUCUCCUCCUGGUGGUCCACCUUCUGAUCCAGCCAGACGGAUGCAGCAGCAAUGAAGGCAAAUUCCUGCAGGUCCAUGUGAGGAAAGCCAACGGGUUGCGCGGUGACCCAACCGGAGCGACGGACGCUUAUGUCCGAGUGUCAUACGGCUCCACUACCAAAACGACACCACCCGUGUCAGAGGAUGACAACCCCAUCUGGAACAUCAGCUUCGACUUUGGUAAGGUGAUUUCUGGCUACAAGCUGGAGUUUGAUGUCUUUGACAAGGACGUCUUCUUCGACGACUGGAUGGGGAGCUGUAACGUGCCGGUCGAAAACAACAACGUGUCCAGCAGCUGUCAGUUGUUGAAAGAUGCCAUCUUUUACUACGGGUACACCAUCUUAACAGAAGCCGACUUUUGAGUCUCCUCAAUCUUUACAAGAUGCUUUCUUUCAGUCAGUGGGUCAAUUUUUAUUUUAAUCUCUUCAGAAUUUUGAAUCUUGUGGGUGGCAGAGGGCAUAAUCAAUAAAUCCAGAUGCUAAAAAAGAA